GAUAAGGGUCGUCGGGACGCCUCGGCGGUUAAUUCUAUUUUCCUGACGGCUUCGUUUCCCUACGUCUGGGCGGUUCUGAAGUUGAGAGAAAUGGUCAGGUCCGGAUCUCGCCCGGGCCAGGUGAUAUCUUCAGGAAGGUAUCCGGGAUCUAAGUUAACACAUGGAAAGAAAGGGACCCACCCAAGGAAAGUAGCACAUUUAAAUGCAGAUUCUGCCUGUCCUGUUUAUUCUGAUUCGGAAAGUCAGACGGAGACUGUGCAGGGACUUGAUGGCUGUGCUUCUUUGCUGCGGGACAUUUUGAAAAAUGAAGAUUCAGGCUCAGAAAUAGUAUAUUCGGAACACAGGUGCAAUGCCAGACCUUUAGAAGGCAAAACCUGCAGAGCUAAAAAGAAAGGACCUGGAAAACAUAUUCCUUCAGUGGUUAGAAAAGAGAUAUUGUCUUCAGAAAGUAAGAAAUGGAUAUCUAGUGAAGCUUCAACUGGAAGUGAGAGAGACACACCAGACAUAGCACAGCAUUGGUCAUUACGAGACCAUUAUAGAAUGUACUCACCGAUAAUAUACCAAGCCCUCUGUGAGCAUGUGCAGACUCAAAUGUCACUGAUGAAUACCUUGGCUUCAAAAGAUGGCCCCAGCAGAAUGCCUACUGCGUGUCAUACUGUGUCUGGUUUAGAGUCUCAGGCAAUACCACAUUGUGGUUAUGGCUGUUGUACUUCCACUUCAGUCUGGUCACCUCAGCAGCUGUCCUGCCCUCUGAUGGUUCACUCGGGAGUUCAGACUGAUGACGAUAACCAUCUUGCAUCACAAGAUCAAGCAAGCUCUGUGAACUGCCCUGAUGUUCUCAAGAAUUCCUCUAAUGUUCUUCCUGGAAUUCCAUGUGGCCUUCCCCACACUGACGAAGCAGCUCUUCCCACGCCUCAGCAGCCGACUCUUGCUAAUUUGUCGUGGAUGCUGCCACAACAAAGAGCUAAGGAAGCAGACCUGCGAAAGUGUUUCCAAACACAUGUGUCUCUGUUUCCAGCUCAUGGAAGAGACGUUCCCUCAGACAGUCAGGCACACCAAAGCCCCACUCAAUUGCAGCCAGCCUCCUUGGCCACUAAUGAAGAAAAAUGUGCCAGAGAACAAAUUGGAGAGACCGCAAACGAAGGAAAGUAUUUAAGCAUACAUGUGCAAGAUGCAAAAAUAGCCAAGAAUGUGCAGCAGGCAGAAAACGUGAGCCAAACUGCUGAAAAAGUCAGAAUUGCCAAGUGCUUGUUGGGAGAGCUCAAGGCCCUGGUCGCAGAACAAGAGGACUCGGAAGUUCAGAGAUUGGUAACAGAAGUAGAGGCAUGCAUAUCUGGGCUUUCAGUAGUGAGUGGCCGCACAAACAUCGAUGUUGAAAUAGCACUGGCCCUGCAGCCACUGAGAAGUGAGAAUGCUCAGCUGCGGAGGCAGCUAAGAAGUCUGAACCAGCGCCUCAGAGAAGAAGAGAAAACUCCAAAGGCACCUAGUAACCUUGAAUUGUUCUCCCUGCAGUCGUUGAAUAUGUCACUGCAAAGUCAGCUGCAAGAGUCACUGAAGAGCCAGGAGUUACUACAGAGUAAAAAUGAAGAACUCUUAAAAGUGAUAGAAAACCAGAGAGAUGAAAACAAAAAAUUUACGACUUUGUUUAAAGACAAAGAGCAAACUCUUCUGCAGAAUAAACAGCAGUUUGACAUUGAAAUGACGAGGGUAAAAAUUGAGUUGGAGGAUGCCUUGGCCAAUGAGAAGAAUUCUCAGUUUAAAUUAGAGACCGCAGAAAAGGAAAAUCAGAUACUGGGAAUAACACUACGCCAGCGUGAUGCUGAGGUUGCUCGACUUAGAGAACUAACCAGAACUUUACAAAACAGUAUGGCGAAGCUGCUCUCAGAUCUCAGUGUGGACACUGCCCGCUGCAAGAUGGGGAGUAACCUCACCAAGUCACUUCUGAAUAUUUAUGAUCAGCAGCUUCAGCAGGACCCAUCCCCUUCUCACACGUCCAUAAUGAGCUACCUAAAUAAGCUGGAGACGAAUCACAGCUUUGCUCACUCGGCGCUCCUUAACAACGAGGAAGCCACAGAGCCGCACAGGCUCCAUGAGAACAUGCUGCCUGCACAGGGCCCUCCACAGAGUGACACCAGGGCAGUGGGUGGGGAUCCUGCACCUGUAGUGGUUUCUGCUGCUGUGGUAGAGGAUUCCGAUACAGAAUGUGAAACCAUCGCUUUGACAGAAGAUGAGUUUAAUGUGGAUGGUACACUUUAUAUUCCUUUUGCCAGAAGCACUUCUGAAAAGCAGCCACCACUUUCUAAGAGACUGUCACCCCAGCCAGUGAGAAGUGUUGCUACCACACAGCUAGCCAGCGGCAUCACACCCGCCUCUAAAAGAGAACCUAGACUGUGUGCACCUGUAGCUUGUUCUUCACGAAACGAAGCAGAAGAUGCUCCUGGGAGACUUUCCAGCCCAUCUGACACAGAAGACAUACAGCUCCUCAGGAAAAUAAAGGAAGCGAUCGGUAAGAUCCCUGCUGCUGCUGCUCAGGCUGAGCACCCAGAGGAGCAGGCCACACUUCAUGGGCCGCCAGCUUGUCGCAGCCCUGUUGUCCCAGUGAAGGGCAAUGUCAUCAGUGAUAUCAGCUUCCUAAAUUCCGACUUGACGUCAGACUGGAGCAUCUCCUCUUUCUCAACGUUCACGUCUCAUGAUGAACAAGACUUCAGAAAUGGCCUGGCAGCUUUGGAUGCCAAUAUUGCUCGACUCCAGAAGUCAUUAAGGACUGGCCUUCUGGAGAAAUGAGUUUGGAAGAAAACUGACUGUGUGCUUUUUUUUUUUUAAUAGUAGAAUUUGGCUACAUUCAUAGUAUAUUUUAGGUUUCCUUACAGAGAACAUUUUAUACUAUUAAUUAUGUAUGAAAUAAUAAUGGAAUAAAUUUAUUAUUGCACUAUUUUAACACCUGAAACUUAUAAAAACAAAUUCUCUUAAGAAAUUAACAAUUGCUAAGAGAAGAAAGUUGUGGCUACCUAAGCAAGUGUUGUGUGCCUCACUGUGUCACAGAGAGAGUCUUCCGUGUGGAACUGCUGGGUCAGUGGUGGCGGGUACCGAGGACUGUGGCUGUCCAGAAGGAUAAUGGGAAAGGAUCUGGCAAUUAAAGUUUCCUCUCUGCUUUGGAAUAUCCAUUGUUUGUAUGUGAGUGAUGGUGUGCUUAUGCCUGGGGUCCUCUGGGUUAUACGCCAUGCUGUUGAUGACAUGCAUUAACCUUUCUGAGAGCCGGG